AUGAUCAAGGUUGAAAAGGACCCGAAGCUUUUAGAUAUUAGGACCGUUGAUGCACUCGAAAUAGUACAAACAAGUAAUAAACCAAAGCUUGCAUAUCUUUCAAAGAUUUUGAUUGCACUUUUAAGCUAUGGUGGGGUCCCUAAUGAAUUUCUUUUGGACAUGGUGGAGAAAGCUCUGGGAGAUGCAAAUAGUGUCUUCUCUAGUAAACGAGCAGCUCUAAGAGUAUUGGUGAAUCAUGGUGAGAAGGAUGGUUUCACUGCGGCCAGAAUGAUCUUAUCUGGGAUUCCUCUGGACGAAACACACCUACAAAAUCGUCUGUCCAUCCUGAUGAAUGAUGAAAAGAAGAGUUUGAAAGGAGGAAGGAUUCCUAUUCCAGAUUCUUACUAUCUAAUGGGGACAGCCGAUCCCACAGGAAUUCUCGACAGACAGAAUGUGAGCUUGGACAUGAGGAGAUUCCACAAGCGGCUGCUUCAAGCCUAUGACUAUUCCUUCAAGAAAAUAAACCGGCAAAUUAGCUACAAUCAAACAACCGACUUGUUUAAGCUUUGCUAACUACUUCCUUCUCUUCACCUUCCUUAAAUAAUUGUCGAUAUUUCUUUCCAUUGACUGAAUGGUUGAAACUUGAAUAAAGUACACUCAUCUGUGAAUCAGUUUUUCAGGUUCA